AUGGCUGAAAUAUAUGAGGAUAUUCCCUCCAUGCUGUCCCUUGACACUGAAAUGAAUACCCCGUCGUUUCCUCAAAUCAUCAAUGAAUUGACUCAGGGACUUGAGCUCAUACAGUUCUUCAAAUUUGCAGAGUUAUCGGCAUUCACAAUCAUUCUGUAUGAUUAUUUGAUAACCCUUGAUGAAGAGGCACAUAACUCAUUCUCCUCUUCUGUAAUGCUUGUUCUAAACAUUGACAAAACAGAAAGCCUAUUUCUGGGCCUAUACUUGGCUGACCCCAGUCAGAAGUUGUGCGUGAUUUUUACACUAAUGCAUCGUUCAAGGAGUGAUUUACGCUGCGUCUUUCGCAUAUAUGUAGCUGUGAGCUCACAAUUUGUGGUCUGGCAAAUCUGGACGGGGGUAGUCCUUGCUAUUGUGACUCAAGUGUUGAAGGCUACGGCAGAAGAGAGAAAGACUAAUUCUAUUGAGGCCAUUGCCAUCCCAGGAAGAGGAGAAUUCUGCGGGAUUCUUGCCCCGCCCCGCAUAGCAUUCGCUUUCUGGAUACCCAGCUUUGCCUUCGAGUUCUUCUUGUGCACGCUUGCAAUUGCAAAGGGAUACGUGCACUUCAAGGCUUACGGGGCCCACUUCUCUACAGGCGUGCGGCUUGUAGAUGUUCUCGUUGGAGACUCGAUCCUGUAUUUUGUGGU